AUGCACACCAGUCUUAAUCUCUCAGAGGCACUGAAGAGAACAAUCAGAUUGGCUCCAGACCCAGCUGUACUAACAGUAAAAUCAACAAAAUUAUUUGUGAUAUUUAAUCUGUGUCUCUGUUCUUCAGGUGUGUUUGCUGAUACGGUUACAGUGAAGUCAGUGUCAGUGCUGGAGGGAGAUUCAGUCACUCUACACUCUGGUGUUACUGAAAUGAUGAAUGAUGAUCUGAUUCAGUGGAGGUUUGGAUCUGAAAACACUUUAAUAAUUCAAAUGAACAUAAUGGAUGGCAGAAUGAGUGUAUAUGAUGAUGUUCUUGAUGAGAGAUUCAGAGACAGACUGAAGCUGGAUCAUCAAACUGGAUCUCUGAUCAUCACAAACACCAGAACUGAACACACUGGACUCUAUCAACUACAGAUCAACAGAGUGAGCAAGAGAUUCACUCUCACUGUCUAUGCUCGUCUGUCUGUUCCUGUCAUCAUCAGUAACUCUUCACAAUGUUCAUCAUCAUCAUCAUCAUCAUCAUCAUCAUCACAGCAGAAUUGUUCAUUGUUGUGUUCAGUGGUGAAUGUGGGUCAUGUGACUCUCUCCUGGUACAAAGGAAACAGUUUAUUGUCCAGCAUCAGUGUGUCUGACCUCAGCAUCAGUCUCUCUCUACCUCUGGAGGUGGAAUAUCAGGAUAAAAACAGCUACAGCUGUGUGCUCAACAAUCCCAUCAGCAACCAGACCACACAUCUGGACAUCACUCAGCUCUGUAACACAUGUUCAGGUAUGACAGGCUGAAAUAUGUGGGGGAGGUUCCAUACAAUUAAGUUCAUAGUUAUUUAACAUAAAGUCCAAAUAUGUCUCUGUUACACAUGUGCAGCGCUGAUAUAAUUCACAUUUAUGAAUCAAUUUGUUGAUUUUACAAAGACUGAUAACUUAAGAUGCCAGAAAGGGUGAGUUUUUGUCAUCAUUUACUCAUGUCUUUCUAAACAAGUUU